UAGGGCUGCGGGGUGGGGUAAUUAAUGAGGCUGGGGGUUAAUUAGGGGGUAAUUAAUUAAUUGCCUGCCCCUUCAGAGCGAUGGCUGAAGAUGAAGGGAGCCCAAAAUGGCGCCGCGUUGGGAUCCUGGGCUACGGCCGGCUGGGUCAGUUCCUGGCCGCUCAGCUGCUGUCCGUCGGCCCCCCCCUGGGGCUGCGCCUGGCCUUCGUGUGGACGCGCAGCGGGGGGCGCUUGGAGGGGGUCCCCCCCCAACUGCAGCUGAGGGACCUGAGGGAGCUGCGGCGCACGGGGGUGGACCUGGUGGUGGAGGUGGCACAUCCGUGUGUGGCACAGGAGCACGGCGAGGACAUCCUGGCACACGCGGACUUCAUGCUGGGGUCCCCGACGGCGCUGGCCGACCCCCAGACGGAGCAGAGGCUGCGGGGGGCGGCGUUGAAGGGGGGACACAGCCUUUAUGUCCCCCGUGGGGCCCUGUGGGGCUGCGAGGACAUCCGGCGCAUGGAUGAGAGCGGAGAGCUGGCUGCUCUGAAGGUGACGAUGACGAAGGCUCCUGAGAGCUUCCGCCUGCAGGGGUGGCUCCAGGAGCGCCUGGAGGCCGCGGUGGCAUCUGGUGGCCGCGUUGUCCUCUACGAGGGUCCCCUGCGUCCCCUGUGUCCCCUGGCUCACAACGUCAACACGAUGGCGGCCGCGGCGGUGGCAGCUCCCAGCCUCGGCUUCGAUGGCGUCCAGGCCUGUUUGGUGGCCGACCCCAGUGUCCCCGAUUGUCACGUGGUGGAGGUGGAGGUGACUGGCGGGGGGGACAAAGGCAGAGCUCUGCGUGUCACCAGCAAACGAAGGAACCCCGCGGCCACCGGCGCCGUCACCGGCGAUGCCACCAAGGCCGCCUUCUGGAGCAGCGUCCUGGCGUGUCGAGGGCACGGCGGCGGCGUGCAGCUCUGCUAAGGAGACCCCAUAAAGGACCCCAAUUGUCCCCAUAUGGGAAUGGGGGACUGAAGACCCCAUAAAGGAC